AUGACCGAUACAAUCGUCGUCCGAGCUCCCGGCCAGUCGUUGGCAGAUUCAAUGGACCCAUCCGUUUCUCUCGAGGAUGCAGAAAUCGACGCUCUGCUAACCGAAGCGGAGACGCGGAUGCGGGAAGCCGUUGAUCAUACUGCCACGGCUGUCACAAAGCAUAGAGUUCCAAAACUAGAAACUAGUAAAUCCUUAAAGUCCUAUCUGCAAACGGGUCACCGUGGAGUCACGUCGAUCACGGAGUCUGGCCGGAAACCGACUGCUUCGUCGUCGUCAUCUUCUACUCGUCUACAUACCAAAAAAUCAGUAGAGCUCCCGUUUAUGCGUGUAGACGACCCAGUUAAACUCAAGAAGUCUAAGAAAGAGAACGAAGAGAAGACUGCUGGCCCAAACUGGUACAACAUGCCUGCCACUGCCGUAACCCCAGAAAUCAAACGCGAUCUUCAAAUGAUCAAACUCCGUAACGUUUUAGACCGCCACAAGCACUUCAAAGGCGACGACUGGAAAGGGAAAAUCCCCAAGUAUUUCCAAAUGGGUACCGUCAUUGAAGGUCCUACGGAAUUCUACAGCGCUCGCAUGAACAGGAAAGACAGAAAGAAGACUAUUGUCGAUGAAAUAUUGUCGAGCUCUGGGAGUAAAAGUAGGUUCAAGAAGAAGUACGAAGAGAUCCAGGCGAGGAAGAGAAGUGGGAAGAAGGAGUUUUAUAAAAAGGUUAAGGAUAAGAGGAAAAAGGGCAAGUUCUAA